AGCGACGCGGCCGCGCGUUUCCCGCCUCGUCUGGCGCUCGGCGUCGCGUCCCGGCGAUGGCGGCGGCGGCGGGCGCGGAGGCGGAGGGCGGCUGCGGGGCCGGCGCGGAGGAGCCCGUGGUCUCCCUGGCGGACGUGCUGGCGGAGAACGAGGAGCUGGAGAAGGAAGCGCGGGCCGUGCUGGGCGGCAGCGACCACGAGCGCUGCAGCUACUCUCAGGGCGCCGUGAGGAGACAGGCGCUGUACGCCUGCGGCACCUGCACGCCGCCCGGCGCGGAGCCGGCGGGGAUCUGCCUGGCCUGCAGCUACGAGUGCCACGGCACACACCGCCUCUUUGAGCUCUACACCAAGAGGAACUUCCGCUGUGACUGUGGAAAUAGCAAGUUCAAAAAUCUGCAGUGCAAGUUACUCCCAGAGAAGGGCAAGGUGAAUUCAGGAAAUAAGUACAAUGACAAUUUCUACGGAUUAUACUGUACUUGUAAAAGACCUUAUCCGGAUCCUGAAGAUGAGAUUCCAGAUGAAAUGAUCCAAUGCAUAGUCUGUGAAGACUGGUUCCAUGGAAGGCAUCUGGGUGCAGUUCCCCCUGAAAGCGGAGACUUCCACGAAAUGGUGUGCCAGGCCUGCAUGAACCACUGCCACUUCCUGUGGGCCUACGCGUCGCAGCUGGCAGUUCCUGCUUUGACCAAAGUGAACUCCCUUGAAGAUGAAAGGAUUGUCCCGAAGGUUGAGGAAAGUGAGGAGCAGAAGAAAGAAAUAAAAAAGGAAAGUGGAGUGGAAUACCAAGAAAUGAAGGAGGAAAAGCAACCAGAACAGCUCAAUGAGCCAUCCACUAGCUCUGGGUCUGCUUGUCCAGAGGUAGUUCCUAAGAGUGAGGGGCCAGUCUGCAAGCUGAAAGAACUCCAAAGCAAACCGUUUUUAAAAAAGGAUACUGCCACCUUUUGGCCCUUGAACUGGAGAAGCAAAUUGUGCACCUGUGAAGGCUGUUUGAAAAUGUAUGCAGAGCUGGAAGUCCCGUUCCUGACAGAUGAAUGUGACACUGUCCUGGCUUAUGAAAAUAAAGGUACCAGUGACCAAGAAACAGAGAGGAGAGACCCUUUAAUGGACACCCUUAACAGCAUGAACAGAGUCCAGCAAGUAGAACUUAUCUGUGAAUACAAUGAUUUGAAGACAGAGCUGACUGACUAUUUCAGGAGAUUUGCAGAUGAGGGAACGGUGGUUAAAAGAGAAGACAUUCAGCAGUUCUUUGAAGAAUUUCAGUCACGGAAAAGACAACGGACUAACAGGAUGCAGUACUACUGUAGUUAGACUGAGAGGGCUUGGGUCUGAAGGGACAACUGGGAAAACGAUGCUCACUGGCGAACAGAAGAGGCAGCUUCAGUAUUUGGCUUCUCAAAAUUAAACUGUCCAAGGAACGUCUGUAUUUUGUCUCGCACCUUCUUAUUUGUAGCAAGUCAACUCUGUUCUUAACCAGGAUAUUGCCCUUUUAGGGGUGUCAGUACUAACCCCACAUGCCUGUAGAAGCUGCCCUUGGCUUGGGGGAUCUGCACCCCUGUAACCCUUCUGCCUUUCACCUGCUUUGUCUAGUGCCUGGAGCUGUACACUGAGUGCAAACCUGCCCUUCCCUGCACCACACAGCAUGCUCGGCCUGCAAUGCCGGCUGCCUGUGCAUUGGCCUCGGUGUGCUGUGCCCACUGGAUGUGCUUUGGGCUGGGUGUGCUGUGCCAGCUGGGCAUAUGUUGCUUUCCUGCUUUCCGUGGCUCGGUCACCUCUGCAGGGUGCAGCCCUUCUAGCAAAGGUGCCCAGCACAAAGCGAGUGUCCUUUAGUACCCUGUGGGAGACGGCUCCAGCAAGGGUCCAGCUGGGGGUGAAACUGCAUUCCUGUGUGUGGGGGGAUGACAGCAGGGGAAGGGAACAACGCCCUAGUCCUGCUCUGCAGCAGAAGUGCUCCCUGGGCAGGUGAAACGUGAGAAGCGGGGUUCAGCUUUUUGCAAGAGAGUGUUCUGGUUUUAUAAAUUGACUUUGUUUCGAAUAUUGUACAUGUGGUUUUACAUGCAAAAAUUGAUCGUGUGAAGUUUAUCCACUCACUGGAAUAGAAACACUAUCUGGGAAGUACUAAAUCACAAACUAAGCAUGGGGGAGGGGUUUGUUAUAAGACUUCUACUGUGCUUUGACUUAAAAACUAGUCUACUGCCAAUUAUUGUACUUGAUAAGCAUUCCUGACAGUACAGCAUGCAGGCAUUUUCCUACGGUCUAGAUAAAAACGUCAUUUUUUGGUAAUCACUGUGAUAAUCGUGGAACAGGAAAUGUUUCACUGAUUUCUAAGAGUCUACCCUGAGCUACAAUUAAGUACUGACUUUUUGUAAGUUGAGAGCCUACUCUAGCUUUUAGGUUUUUUUAUCUCCUGCUUUAUGUAGUUGGAGGAUUCCUUUACCAUGGGGUACUAUUCUGCUUCCACCUGUGACUUUGAGAAGACCAGACCUUUCUCCAUCAUUCUCCCUCUUAAUUGUUUCUGUCUCCUUUCUUUCCAGCAGCCAGGGCUACUGUGGAGGCUCAGGUCCUUGGUUCGUUUCAUGCAGAAUGACUAAUUGCAUCUGACUUUAACUGGGGGUAGUGUAUGUGCUUUUUUUGUAGCAACUGUUAUGGGAGCUGUAAUGGCAUCUUUUAACAACAGUAUCUAAAAAUUAAAUAACUCUUCAAUCUGUA